GAUACGAUUGGACGUUACUUCCGGUUACUUCAAGAGCUGGAGGACGCAGGAGUACUCAUGUAAAGAGGCCCAUGAAUGCCUUUAUGGUGUGGGCACAGGCAGCGAGACGAAGAUUAGCUGAUCAAUAUCCACAGCUUCAUAAUGCUGAGUUAUCGAAGACUUUGGGAAAAUUGUGGAGGAUUUUAAGCGAUGGUGAAAAACAACCCUUUAUUGAGGAAGCUGAGCGACUGAGAAAUGCACACAAGAAACAACAUCCUCAUUACAAGUAUCAACCACGCAGAAGAAAGCCAAAAGUUGAGGAUCAAAUGACGAUUCUGGCGCACCGGAGUACCCUCCAAUCCUCAGUAUCGCUGGACUCCCCGGGUUCUUCAGACUGCAGUUACAGCAGGCUCUACUCCGACAUCAGCACAAAAUCGUACGAGCGUUCAGUCCCCUACCCGGACCCCUCGAAACCCUACGAGCUUCAAAAAUCCUACGUGGACACGAUAAAAUGUUCGGACCACCAGAAUCGAACAUACGAAGCCCUCCCCAAGUAUGAUCUACCCCCGAAAACUUACUCGGACCCCAAAUGUCACGAAGUCCAGAAUAUCAAGUACUCCGAGAGCGGUGCCAGGUAUCCAGAGCUGCAGGUGAAGGCCUACGAUACUCUACCAAAGUAUUCAGAGGCCAAGGGAUAUCAGGAGAGUCUGAAAUAUCCAGAGAUGCCUAGCACAGCGAAGUCAUACGCCUGCGUACAUGGCCAGUAUUUUCCUGCUCCCGAGGCCUACUCAGUUCACGAGGAUAAUGAGUACCAGAGUCAGAGUGUAACCACUCACUCAUUCUACCCUUAUAUCUCUGCGUCCAUGACACAACCACCUUAUUACAUGGGUCCUCGAUAAUGAUACAUUCAAAUGAUUAUUGUAAUUUGCAUUGAUCAAUUAUUCAACGUGUCCUAAUAACACAAAGAUAUCUCAGAAAAAUCAUCGAAACGCGUAUUUCAAAAUUCUAAAGGAAAACUAGUCGAUGUCAGAUUUCGAGUUAGAAUUAUUGUAAACACUCACCUUGUUAUUCACUCGAUGAAUGUAUGAGUGCAAUAUCAUGUACAAAUGGUGUGAAAUUUUACAUUAGGAAAGAAAAAUUUUCCGCUCAAUGAAUAUGAGGUAUUGUAUGUCAAAUCGGUCAACUUCUGAACUUUACACCCUCAGAAGUAAACGAAGAUUUUUUCACAGGCUCGAGGGACUUAAAAAACUGUCUCGUGAUUUUUUUCAGUUUUUUUCUACAGCCCGUAUGGAAGAUAUGUCCAGAACUCGCGUUGUAAUUGACCGAUUUCGAUUUAUUUAAUAUCACAAUAUUUCUCUUCCUGCCACUUUUGAAAAUUUGUAGGAUUAAUUUAUUUUUUCAAUCCCUAGAUGGUAGCAAUUAUGA